AUGGAGGCCGAAACAUUGGAACAGAUGCAGGCGCGUCACCGCCGUGAGCUGAAGGACCUCCAGGGAAGAAUCACAAGCAAGAAGAAGAACGCCACCAAGAAGACGCGCAAGGGCGUCAAUGACGAAUGCGCCGAGAUGGAACGCCAAAUGAGAGAGAAGCAAGCUUCCGAAGUCGCCGCCUUGAACGGAGAAGUCGAGGAAGAUGCUGGGGAAGAGGACGAGGAAGAGGAACAGAACGACGAGAUGCCCAGCGGGACCGAGGUGCUGGAAAAUGCGACUGCGAAGCUCAAGAUUGAAGAGGACAACAGCCAAAACUCUGCUCAGCCUGGGAAGAAGCGAAAUCGACAAAAGGAGCGCCUCGCACGCCGCGCCGCCGAGCAGGAAGCCGCCAUGAUAAGCGCCGAGCAGGAAGCCUCGUCCAUGACAGACCACCGCGCGCGCGAAAGCACAUACAUGAAGAGCGCGUUUGCGACGCACAAGCUCACCGAGAAGGACAUUCAGCCGGAUGGCCACUGCCUGUUUUCCGCGCUGGCGGACCAGCUCUCUCAUAAUGACAUCUCUCUGGGCGGCGACAAGGAAGAGCCGGCGUACAAGACGAUACGGAAGACGGCGACGGGAUACAUGGAGGAACACAAGGACGACUUUGCGCCGUUUUUGGAGGAGGAUUUCGGGGGCUAUGUGAAGAAGAUGCGGGAUACGGCGGAGUGGGGCGGGCAGUUAGAGUUGAUGGCUGUGGCGAGGCGGUAUGGGGUUGAGAUUAAGGUGAUUCAGGAUGGGAGGACGGAGAAUAUCAGCGGGAGACAGGAAGAGGGAGAUGAGGCGAAGACGUUGUGGCUGGCGUAUUAUCGACAUGGAUAUGGGCUGGGAGAGCAUUACAACUCUUUGAGGAGGGCGACGACGACGACGACGACGACGACAGCGGCAAGUACGGCGGACUGA